CCGGGGGGACGCGGGGCCGGGCGGGGAGCGCCGUGCCCGGGAGCUCGGCCCCGGCUCCCCGGGAGCUCCCCCGGCUCCCCGAGCGCUCCCCCGGCUGCCGGGGCCGAGCUCGCCCAGGCCGAAGGGCCCCGCUCGCCUCCCCGCGCGGUGCUGGGUUCAGCUCCCCGAGGGACUUUGGGUGGCUGCUGAACGGGAAGGGACAAAAAGCAGCAGGUGCCAGCUCAGCCAAGCAUGGCCACCCAGAUGUUCGAGGGCAGAGGGCAUGCGGCCGUCUACCAGAAAUACAGGUUUGCACCGGGCAAAGAGCUGCAGCACACCAUCCUCUCCUACCUGCGGGAAAAGAAGGCCAUCCCUGCGGAGCUGGCAGUGGACGUUGGCUGCGGCUCUGGACAAGGCACCCACUUCCUUGGGGAGCACUUCAAGAAGGUGGUGGGCACGGACAUCAGCGAAGCGCAGAUCCAGGAGGCCAAGGACACCCCCGGCAUGCCCAACAUCUCCUACCUCGCGUGCCCUGCGGAGGAGCUGCCGUUCCAGGAGGCCUCCGUGGACGUGCUGACCUCGUUCACGGCCGCGCACUGGUUCGACAUCGAGCGCUUCAUGCGCGAGGCGCAGCGCGUGCUGCGGCCGGGCGGCUGCGUGGCCAUCAGCACCUACACCCUGGACAUGAGCCUGCGCUACGGGGACUGCUCCCAGCAGCUCACCAAAGUCUUCAGGGAGUGCUGGGACAAGACUUUAAAAUACUCAAAUGACAGAGUAAAAUACGUCAUGGAUGACUACAAAACAAUCUUUGAGGCCUUGCCGUUCCCAGACAAGAAGAGAAUCACUGAUAUCUAUGACCCAAUUCCCAUGACUGUUGAGGGUGUGGUUGGUUACAUCGAGUCCACCUCUUCAUAUCAGACCUUUAAGAGGAGUGACCCUGCAGCUGCAACCUCCCUCCUCCAGGAGACUGAAAAGAGGAUGCUGGAGACAAUGGGAGUUUCCUCUCGUGAGACCCCGGUGGAGUUCUUGGUGAGGCACGUCUGUGUGCUGGGGCGCAAGGCGUGCUGAGAGCAAACCCUGCUCCUCAUCUGGUGCUACAAUGGAAGGGGAAGGUGGAUCGUCUCCUAAAGCCCCGCUUGUAACCGCUCUUACUCCUUGGCAAGAUUACUGCUGAUUGAAAUUCUGGUCUCCUGUGGGAAGCAGAGGGGGUUUUGUGCCCCUCAGGCUCCUGUCCACCUUGGUCCUGCAGUCUGCCCGGUGCUGCUCCCUCGGCACUGGAAGUGUCCCAUUGUGGACUGCUGGUUUAAUAACACGUGGGGAAGAGAAUCACAGGAACAGCGGAGAAAUGCACUGCAUUUCUUACACAAUUAAUAAUAAUUAAAAAGCAAGCUGAGAAAA